GUUAAUCAGUAGUUGCAGAACUCCUGAGUCACAUUGAAUUACUCUCCUUCCUCUUUAUACACUCUUUGUUUUAUUGCAGUUACUAUUAGUCUCUCCUUCAGUUUUGUUCUAUUCAAGUGUCGUAAAUUGCAUCAACUGAUAUAUUGUUAAAUUUUAAAUCAAAAAUAGUGCAAAAUACCAAAAAAUGGGACCCUUCGAAAUUUUGUGUAUUAUCGCGGGAAUUUUUCUUCUUCUCUAUUUCUAUAGUACAUCAACGCAUGAUUUUUGGAAAAAUAAAAAUGUCAAAGGACCAAAACCAACGCCAUUAUUGGGAAAUUUCACUGAUCUUAUGUUAAAUCGCAUAAGUAUGGGUGAUUAUACAAAAAAACUUUAUGAACAAUUUAAUAAUGAAUUAAUGAUUGGAAUGUUUGCCCGUAAAACGCCAAUAUUGCUAUUAAAAGAUCCAAAUUUAAUAAAAGAUGUUUUAAUAAAAGAUUUUAAUAAAUUUGCCGAUCGUGGUAUUAAUAUUAGUGAAAAAGUUGAUGUAUUAUCACCACAUUUAUUUGCCCUUGAACCAGAACGUUGGCGGCCAUUACGUAAAAAAUUAUCACCCGUUUUUACAUCAGGCAAAUUAAAAGAAAUGUUUCAUUUACUUAUUGAAACAUCAGAACAUUUAGAGGAAUAUUUAAAUAAUAUUGUAAUUGAAAAUGAACCAAUUGAAUGUAGAAAAUUAACAGCAAAAUUUACAACUGAUGUUAUUGGCUCGUGUGCAUUUGGUAUUGAUAUAAAUGCAUUGUCAAAUGAAGAAAGUGAAUUUCUUCGUAUGGGUAGAAAAAUAUUUGAUUUAAAUUUUUGGCGAACAUUAAAAAUAAGAAUAAGAGAUAUUACACCAUGGUUGUAUGAAUUAUUGGGGCCAAUAUUAGCUGAAAAGGAGAUGAAUAAUUUUUUUGUUAAUUUAGUACGUGAUACAAUGAAAUAUAGAAAGGAGAAUAAUAUUGUUAGACAUGAUUUUAUUGAUUUAUUAAGAGAGGUGAAGGAAAAUCCUGAUAAAUUAAGUGAUAUUGAAUUGACUGAUAGUUUGAUAGCAGCACAAGCCUUUGUUUUUUUCAUUGCCGGCUUUGAAACAUCAUCAACAACAAUGAGUAAUGCUUUAUAUGAAUUGGCAUUAAAUCCUUCAAUUCAAGAAAAAUUACGUAAAGAAAUUCAAAAUGAAUUCAAAAUAACCGAAGGCAAAUUAUUAUAUGAUCGAAUAAAAAAUCUCAAAUAUUUACAUAUGGUUUUUCAAGAAACUUUGAGAAAAUAUCCACCAGUAACGGUUCUUAUGAGAAAAGCAACAGAAAAAUAUACAUUUUCUGAUACUAAUGUAACAAUUCCAAAAGGACAAAAAAUAUGGAUUCCAACUUAUGCAAUUCAACGAGAUCCAAAAAAUUAUCCUAAUCCUGAUACAUUUGAUCCAGAGAGAUUUAGUGAAGAAGAAGAAGAAUUAAGACAUCCAAUGUUAUUUUUACCAUUUGGAGAUGGUCCGAGAAAUUGUAUUGGUGCAAGAUUUGCUGUUUAUCAAACUAAAAUUGGAUUGAUGAAAAUACUCAAUAAUUACAAGGUUGAUGUUUGUGAGAAAACUUGCAUUCCUUAUGUGAAUAGUAAAAAUUCAUUUCUUCUACAACCAAAAGAUGGAAUUUAUCUGAAAUUUAAAAAAAUAGUAUUUGUUCAGAUAGCAAAUAAGAAUCUGAUAAAAAUCACCAAUGGUAAGAAAAAAAUGUUAUUUGAAAUUUUGUGCCUAAUUGUGGGAUUUAUUUUUCUUUACUACUAUAGUAGAAAAAAUUUUGACUUUUGGAAAAAACAAGGUGUCAAGUGUCCAACGCCAAUACCAUUUGUUGGAAAUUUUAAAGAUUUUAUGUUAAAUCGAAUAAGUAUUGGUGAUUUUACAAAACAAGUGUACGAUCAAUUUGAAAAUGAAUCAAUGGUUGGAUUUUAUGCACGUCGAAAGCCAAUUCUUCUUAUUAGAGAUCCAAAAUUAAUAAAAAAUAUUUUAAUUAAAGAUUUUAAUAAAUUUGCCGAUCGUGGAAUGACAUUUCAUGAGAAAGUUGAUAUUUUAUCGCCAAAUUUAUUUAUGAUUGAACCAAAACGAUGGCGGCCAUUACGUAAAAAAUUAUCACCCGUUUUUACAUCAGGUAAAUUAAAGGAAAUGUUUCAUUUACUUAUUGAAACAUCAGAACAUUUAGAGGAAUAUUUAAAUAAAAUUGUAAUUGAAAAUGAACCAAUUGAAUGUAGAAAAUUAACGACAAAAUUUACAAUUGAUGUAAUUGGCUCAUGUGUAUUUGGAAUUGAUAUAAAUUCAUUGUCAAAUGAAAAUAAUCAUUUUAUAAAAAUGGGUCAAAUUGUAUUUAAAGCAAAUUUUUGGAAAAAUUUUAAAAUGAGAAUGAGAGAAAUAACACCUGGAUUAUAUAAUUUUUUUGGAUCAAUAUUAGCCGAAAGAGAGAUGGAUAAUUUUUUUGUUAAUUUAGUUCGCGAUACAAUGAAAUAUAGAAAGGAGAAUAAUAUUGUUAGACAUGAUUUUAUUGAUUUAUUGAGAGAGGUGAAAGAAAAUCCUGAUCAAUUAGGUGAUCUCGAAUUGACUGAUAGUUUGAUAGCAGCGCAAGCUUUUGUUUUUUUCGUUGCCGGUUUUGAAACAUCGUCAACAACAAUGAGUAAUGCUUUAUAUGAAUUGGCAUUAAAUCCUUUAAUUCAAGAAAAAGUACGUAAAGAAAUUCAAAAUGAAUUAAAAAUAACAGAAGGCAAAUUUUUAUAUGAUCGAAUAAAAAAUCUCAAAUAUUUACAUAUGAUUUUUCAAGAAACACUUCGUUUAUAUCCACCAAUAACUGUUCUUAUGAGAAAAACAACAGAGAAAUAUACAUUUUUGGAUAAUAAUGUAACAUUAGAAAAAGGAUAUAAAGUUUGGAUUCCUAUUUAUGCAAUUCAUAGAGAUGGAAAAUAUCAUUCUGAACCUGAAAUCUUUAAUCCUGAUAGAUUUAAAGAUGAGGAAAUUAAUUUACGAAAUCCUAUGCACUAUUUACCAUUUGGAGAUGGGCCCAGAAAUUGUAUUGGUUCAAGAUUUGCAAUUUAUCAAACUAAAAUUGGAUUGAUGCAAAUACUGAAAAGUUACAGAGUUGAUGUUUGUGAGAAAACAAGUAUUCCUUAUGUUAACCAUAGAAGUUCAUUUCUUCUUCAGCCUAGAGAUGGAAUUUAUUUGAAAUUUAAAACAUCAAUAAAAAUAAAAACAAUUAUGUUAUUUGAAAUUUUCUUCACAAUCACAAUUAUUAUACUGAUUUUUCAUUUUAAAAAUAAAUCAAACAAUGAUUUUUGGAAAAUUCGAGGAAUUAAAGGUCCUGAGUCAAGAAAUUUUUUUGUCACAAUGAAAAAUAUCUUUUUAACUAAAACCUACAUUGGUGAUACAAUUAAAAAAAUGUACGACGAUUAUAAAGAUGAAAAAAUGAUUGGAAUGUUUGCUGGUAGUAUGCCAAUUUUAAUAAUUAAAGAUCCGGAAUUAAUUAAAGAUAUAUUAAUUAAGGAUUUUAAUAAAUUUGCCGAUCGUGGAAUAAGACUACAUGAGAAAGUUAAUCCAUUAUCGGCACAUUUAUUUUCCCUUGAACCAAAACGUUGGCGACCACUUAGAAAAUGUUUAUCACCAGUAUUCACUUCUGGUAAAUUAAAAGAAAUGUUUUAUUUAAUUCUCAAAUCAUCGGAAAAUUUAGAAUUAUAUUUAAAGAAAAUUGUAACGGCAAAUAAAAUAAUUGAAUGUCGUAGUGUUACGGCAAAAUUUACAACAGAUGUAAUUGGCUCUUGUGCAUUUGGAAUUGAUGUUAAUGCAUUUGUUGAUGAAAAUAAUAAUGAAUUUCUUCGAAUGGGUAAAAAAAUAUUUGAUGUUGGCUAUUGGCGAACUCUUAAAAUGCAAAUAAUGCGAAUUUUACCAAAUUUAUAUGAUCGUCUUGGUUUUAUUGUUUCCGAUAGGGAAAUGGAUGAUUUUUUUGUUAAUUUAAUUAAAAAUACAAUUCAAUAUAGAAAGGAGAAUAAUAUUAUUAGACAUGAUUUUGUUGAUAUAUUGCGAAAUAUGAAGGAGAAUUCAAAGAAUUUGGAAAAUAUAGAAUUGACAGAUAAUUUACUGGCUGCACAGGCAAAUGUAUUUUUUGCCGCUGGAUUUGAAACAUCAUCUACAACAAUGAGUAAUUGUUUAUAUGAAUUGGCAUUAAAUCCUUUAGUUCAAGAAAAACUACAAAAAGAAAUUUGUGAAAUUUUACAAAAUUCAGGGAAUGAAUUGUCUUAUGAGAAUGUCAAAAAUAUGAAGUAUCUACAUCAAGUUUUUCAAGAAACUCUAAGAAAGUAUCCACCAGUUCCAUUUUUAAUGAGAUGCUCAUUAGAUGAAUAUACAAUUUCUGAUACAAAUGUAAAAAUUCCAAAAGGUCAAAGAGUUUGGAUACCGGCCUAUGCAAUUCAACGAGAUCCAAAAAAUUAUCCUAAUCCUGAUAAAUUUGAUCCAGAGAGAUUUAGUGAAGAAGAAGAAGAAUCAAGACAUCCAAUGUUAUUUUUACCAUUUGGAGAUGGUCCGAGAAAUUGUAUUGGUGCAAGAUUUGCUGUUUAUCAAACUAAAGUUGGACUGAUAAAAAUACUCAAUAAUUACAAUGUUGAUGUUUGUGAGAAAACUUGCAUUCCUUAUGUGAAUAAUAAAAAUUCAUUUCUUUUACAACCUACAGAUGGAAUUUAUCUGAAAUUUAAAAAAAUAAUUUAAUAAGUCCCUUAAUAUAGAUUUUAAUCUUGAACAAUGUUUCAUCUUGUUAAUUUUUUUUUUGAAUUAAUUUAUAAUAGUCAUAUUUAGAUAACAAUUUGUUGAGUUUCAAAUAUAUUUA